ACUGCUCCGGUUACCGGCCGUUCGUUCGACUGUCCAUCGUUCAGUCACUGGGCUGUCAGCCGAGAAUCAUCGCCGGCAAGGACGCCUGUAUUCGUUUCCCGCACGAUUUCCAUCCCGCGAACUCGGGGCUUUCCCGAUGGACGAUAAUGUUUGACUCGAUCGAAAGGUCGUGACAUUUCGCGCGUGACGGAAGUGCGUGGCCAAUCGGAAGAUCCGAUCGUCAUCGUCGGACGCGCGGAGGUCGAAGCAGAAUCGGCACCGAGAUCACGCCCGCACAGGGUAAUUUUUCAUACGCGGAGAUAGCGAAGAGAGAAUGAAUUUUGCGACACGGAAUUACACACCGGUAUUAUCGAUGACGUAGACAGUCUCUUCGUCGACGAGUCUCAUCGAGUCAGAUCUCUGAGCUGCUUUCGGAUUCAACGAUCUAAACGUACGAAGGCAAAGAGCAAAGUUCGAUGCAUUUUCCGAAAGUCACCUUUUACCCUCGUAAUUUCUGACACGUUCUGUAAGAUUAGAAUAAGAUAGAUUCGCGUAACCGAUCAAUAGUGAGAAGUUAUUUAUCGUCGUUUAACAAACAUUUUUACACGACGGAGCAAUUGUAUAAGUUAGUUAAUCGCAAAUCGCAUAGAGACUCCGUGGAAGCCCUCGUAUCAAUCGUUAUGCUCAAAGAGAUCAGGAGCUGUCUGAUUGGAAGACGAAUGCACAAUUGCUGACGAUUGCUGACACCGGACGAUCGCAAUCGGAUCUUGAGAUAACUUUGAUCGAAUCCUCCUCGCUUUCUUUUCAAUCAUGUUGAGAGGAUUUGUCCUACUGCUUCUUCACAUCUUCUGCGAUAUUGCACUGGCAGCGCAUUGCGGAAAAGUAUGGCUCACGGUUUCCUCUUUGUGGAGGCCAAUGCCUGACUGUGACAAAAUGGUUGAUGCCGAAUUGGAAGUAAAUUGGGAACUGGAUUGUCCGGAGGAAGCAGGAUAUCCAAAUACCAUCAAGGUGUUCACUGCUGACCCAGCACAUAACAAGACUCUGAAGCCUAAAUUGAUCUUGACUUCCUUGCAACAUCCUCGCGGAUAUUACAGGACAAACAUCACAGUAGGUCGUCCGCCGUUACCGGGGGGUUGGGACACGAAGGACGGGGCAACCCUUGCGGGAUCUCAUUGCCUGAAGCAUUACGCAGCACUUUACAAGGAUGGUGUUGUGUACGCCAGUUCUUGCUUGCAAAUCUGGCCAACGUGGAUGUAUGAUUUGAGGAGACAACUCGGCAGGCUUCCUAUCGGGAGCCUGAUGAUACCCGGGACACACAAUUCCGGCUGUUACAAGCACGGCGACCUGACGCGAAAGGACGCCUUUCAGCGGUACUUGCUGACGCAAGAUCGAGACGUAUGGACGCAGUUGGUGCACGGCAUAAGGUAUCUGGAUAUCAGGGUUGGAUAUUACCCGUCGAUACCGAACGGCACCGCUGUCGACGAGGAGGGCUACCAUGUGAGUAGAUUCUGGAUCAACCACGACGUCAUUCGCAUCACACCUCUUUCAGAGGUCUUAAGAGACGUGAGGAACUUUCUGGACGUGACGAGCGGCGAGGUAGUCAUUAUGGAUUUUCAUAGGUUUCCCGUGGGCUUGGAGGGUAAGCCAAGCAGACAUCGAAAAUUGAUAACUAUUUUACACCGAGAAUUCCGAGGUUUGAUUUUGAAUCGAGACAUAGGAGUCGACGGUCUGGGACCUACGUUAAAUGACAUCUGGUCGUCCGGGAAGAGAAUAAUUAUCUGUUAUGGCGACAAGUACACAGUAAAUGAAUACGCCUGGCUGUGGCCGCCCUUGACGCAAGUAUGGGGCAAUCAACAAACCGUGGAGGGUCUGUUCAAGUACUUGGACGAAGUGAUUCUGGAGUUAAAAGCACCCAGGAAUAAUCAAAAUCCACUGUGGGCGGUAAUGGCGGAACUGACGCCGUUUCCGUUGGAUAUUUUCUUUAAUUUGUCUGGCGGACUCCGGCAAAUGGCCGACUCCGUUAAUCGAAAUCUCACUGUCAAAUUUCAAACAGAAUGGUGGAAAGAGACGAACAUAGUUGCCACCGACUUCUUCCUUGGCAACAAUCUGAUCGACGUCUCGAUACAAUCGAACAUAAAGAAAAGCAACAUCGCGCAAUGGCGAUUAUAGCUCAAAAGGAGCAAGAAAGAUUCGUUUCGAUAUAAAACAAUUGUUGUUUUUACUACAUCUAUUGUAUCAAUUAUACGAAUAUUACCGACGAUUCAUUUAUACGAAAUUUAUAAGAGGAAGAGAGAGAGAGAGAGAGAGAGAGAGAGAGAGAGAGAGACCUGUCAAUAGCAAAUUGCAACUUGUGCUCUACGAAUCCCUAUCGACAACAUUCACUCGCGUGAACACGUGAAUAUGUAAAUCAGCGAACGAUAACGGCAGGUAUAUAUUUCCAUGUAAUAUUCACACCAUCUCGAAUUUCUUUCAAAUUUUUCAUUCGCACGUAUUGUAUUUGCCUCGACGAAAAUAUUUAUUUAAAACCCCAAUUUUUUCCUAUCGAAUGCUAUUCUCUUUGCAACGUUGUAUUGCUCCAUGCAUAAUGCAUAAGUCGCGAGGAUUUUUGUCAUAGAAAUAACUAGAUGUCAAAAUAGGAAACAAGGUGUUUCGCAAAAUAUGAAUAUCGACGCACUUUUAUAGGUACAAGAGAAAUAAAAACAUGAUACGAAUGUCAGAUCGGCAGGUGUACACGUACUAUAUGUACGAUUUAAUAAAUAACCAUGCGAUUUAAAAAAAACUAUGCGACGGAGAUGUGAUCGCUUCGCUCUGGCGCGAUUUCAGCAACGUUCCCUACCUUUUGUUUGCUGCCUACAUUCGAGGCAAGACGCGUUCCGCGACGCGUUUAAACUUUCCCGCUCACCUGCGCAUCGGAUUAUCUAUCGCCCGUUCCUGCAUUUGACUUGCUAAUGAGAUCUCCGUCGGUUCAGACAAGAUCACGGAUACCGGUGAGUACAUAGCCAGUAGCUUGCCGGGUCUCUCUCUCUGCGGACGCGAAGGGAACGUUAAGCAGAUAAGGUUGCGAGACAAUGCUGGCGGACGCGUCUGCAAACGAGGCGAAAGACGAGCUAUGGGCUAUAUACGCUUGGUGGUCGUGCGUGCUCGUAUUGAAGAUGAUGUCGCUGACCUGGUUCACCGGGCUGAUUCGAGUAAAGAAACAGGUAGAACUUAGCGGAUACUUUAUAAUCAGAUGCGCUUGUACGUCAUUGAGUUUGUUUAUCCGAUCGAAUUCCCGUGAUACGAAUACAUACAUAAACAUAUAGAAGGCCGCGACAGCGAGUAAGAAAUCGUAUAUAUAUUAUAGCUAAUCUUGGCUUGAUUCGUAGAAUGAAGAAAAUUAUAAAUAUGAUAAUCAAAGAUCGGUCACGACUGCGCAUUAACGCAAAAACAAAAGGUCGUAUUUUUCCUCUAUGUAUGUAUAUCGUGACAAAGCUAAAGAAGUAAUCGGCUUUUCUGACUGUAUUGCCGAUUAAUCGUCCAAUUCUGAGAACGACUACGUAAUCAACAAAAUUAGUAUUCCAUAAAACAUGUAUACAUAUGUAUGUAUGUAUGACUUCAUGAUGAAAUUUAAAUAGAUGCAGUGUUUUCCUUGAAAAAUAUAUUUUGCUUUGCUACAUUCGAUUGCAACUUCGUAUCUAAUAUAAAAUGUAGGAAGUCUGUAUAAUCAUCCAUAAAAUAUUGCAAUGUGAACUGCUACUUAUGAAAAUGAAUGAUAAAGCGAUAUUAUCUCCAUAACGCAUAGCAAAUAACUAGUUUUGCUACUACGAGUAAAUUGACUCACCAGCUGUAUUUCCAAUAUAUUUCCUUGUUGUUUGCUGCAUGUCAAUUGAAUCUGCAAAUGAAUACAUUUAUACGAUUAUCUUUUCUGUAGAAUAGACUCUUCUUUUGAAUCGCGUCUUUUUAUAUAAUAAGAAAUUUUUAUAUAAUAAUAAAGAAAAGAUAAUUAUGUAAACGUAUCUAUUGAGAAAAUUUAUUCAUUAGUCGCAUUGUCAAUUCGUUUGCGUCAUUGUUCAAUCAAGGUUGACGCUCGCUUGGAGAUGGCCCAUCUCCGCGAAACGAUUGACAAACAACUAAUUACGAUCACAACGCGUCAAUUAACGCGACAUUCGAUUCGUCAAUGCCGGCGUUGUUUAAAUACGCGAUGCGAUCACUUUGUACG